GGGAUGGAUCUCGGGAUCUGCGGGCUCAGGACAGGGUCUGUGCAUGGGGUGUCUGUGGGGCCCAGAGGGGAAGGGCCAGGGGUUCCUGUCCCCCACCCUGACUGUGUCUCUGCAGCCCCCGGCAUGGUGCAGAUCGUCGUCUCCAGCGGUGGCACGGGGGCCCUGGCACAGUGGGUGCUGGUGGAGCUGCAGGGCGAGGUGGAGCCCCGGCAGAGCGGGGACCUGACCGGGAGCCUGCUGGGAGACCUGCACUACACCCGUGAGGGCGUCCCCGUGCUCAUCGUGGGUCACCACAUCCUCUAUGGCAAGGUGGUGCAGCUGGAGAAGCCGUUUGCCGUGCUGGUGAAGCAGGGAGGAGCCCCCGAGCCCAGCCCCGCGGGGCCCCACGGCCGCUACACCGUUACUGCCCUCAUCAAAACCAAACUGCUCUUCAAAACCCGCCCCAAGCCCAUCAUCACCCACGUGCCCAAGAAGGUGUGAGGGGAAGGGUGUGGGCUAUGAACUGUGAGCUGCUGCUGCUGCGACGAGCGGCAGGGACUUGGGGAGAUCUGGGACCUCAUCCCUGACCUGCACAGGGGACUCUGGCGCUGCCUGGUCCUGUGCCUGGGUACCCAGAGCCCUUCCUGGGGGUCACAUGUCCCCUCCACACCGACUCUUUUCAGAGAGCAAC